CUGGAGCUCGGCCAGGUACGGCCGCAAGCCGUGUGGUGGAAGCGCGUUAACGGCUGCUGUCAGGCGGCUGGUGGCAGAUAAUGGGCGCUUCCCUUUCUGAAAGCAAGAAGGAAGCUGAGCUCCCCGGUGGGAAUGCUGUUAUUGGUGGCUCCCAUCAGCCAGUGCUUAAGAGAUAGAUCCACCACGUUGGCAUGCUAUUGGGAUGAGAGGUAACGGCCCAAAGUUGCACCGGGUUCAGAGUGGAUAUUAGGGACAGUUCCUUCUCCCAGAUUGCUGCCAGGCACUGACGCGGGCCGCCCAGGGAGGUGGUGGGGUCACUGUCCCUGGAAAUGCUCAAGAACCGCGAGGACGUGGCACCGAGGGACGUGGUCAGUGGGCACGGGGUGAUGCGUCGGGGUUGGACUGGAUGCUCUUAGAGGUCUCCUGCAGCCGUCCUGACCGUGAUUCCAAGUGGUUGCAGCGCCUGCUGCUCAACAGCACGUGUCAGAACCGCUGGGUUCGUCACUGCAGCGGGGCAGCGUGGGACGCGGCCGUGGGUCCAUCCAGUGCUGCACGAGGAGAACGUUUGGCCCUGAAGGCCGCACAGGUGCCGAAAUCCCAUUUUUGCAAAGGAGGCCGUGGGGAACUCGGGGCGAGCAGGAGAAACCCGUGUGGAUGCCGCGCUGUGGGUGGAGGCGGUGAGCCCCAGGGCAGCUCCCACACCUCGUGCUUGGUGUUUGUACCCCUCGGAGCACCGCCGGCAGCCGGGAUGAGGCCGGCAGCCUCGCCAUGCCUUCCUGCAUCCCCGGCAGCACGUCUGCAGCCCCUCGGCCCCCACGCUGCCACAGAGGGCCCGGGCUGCCGCUGAGUGCCGGCCGCCCCGCCAUGGAGUCACUCAUCGUGGUGACCGAGUGCGAGGCGACGGCGAGCGAGGAAGAGAUGAGCGUGGCCGCUGUGGAAGAAAGCCGGGAGCCCAGGGCGAAGCUGAACCUCUCAGGUCGAAAGCUGUCCCUGCAGGAGCGCUCACACUCGGCGCGCUCACCUGGAAGCGGCGACAGCGAGCGCUUCAUCUACCCGUCCCUCCCCUACUCGCCAGUGACGUCCCCGCACUCGUCCCCGCGCCUCCCGCGGCGGCCGACCGUGGAAUCCAACCGCGUCUCCAUCACAGGGCUGCAGGACUGCGUCCAGCUCAACCAGUACAAGCUGAAGGAUGAGAUUGGGAAGGGCUCCUAUGGGGUGGUGAAGCUGGCCUACAACGAGGACGACAACACCUACUAUGCAAUGAAGGUUCUCUCCAAGAAGAAGCUGAUGAGGCAGGCGGGCUUCCCCCGCCGCCCUCCACCCCGUGGGGCCAAAGGUGCCUCAGAGGGUUGCCUGCAGCCCCGGGGCCCCAUUGAGCAGGUUUACCAGGAGAUCGCCAUCCUGAAGAAGCUGGACCACCCCAACGUGGUGAAGCUCGUAGAGGUGCUGGAUGACCCCAGCGAGGACCACCUGUACAUGGUGUUUGAACUGGUGAAGCAAGGCCCCGUGAUGGAAAUCCCCACCCUGAAACCUCUCAGCGAGGACCAGGCUCGGUUCUACUUCCAGGAUCUGAUCAAGGGCAUUGAAUACUUGCACUACCAGAAGAUAAUCCACCGGGACAUCAAGCCUUCCAACCUCCUCGUGGGGGAGGAUGGACACAUUAAAAUUGCCGACUUUGGUGUCAGCAAUGAGUUCAAGGGAGCUGAUGCCCUCCUGACCAACACGGUGGGCACCCCCGCCUUCAUGGCCCCGGAGACACUCUCAGAAACCAGGAAAAUCUUCUCUGGAAAGGCUUUGGACGUCUGGGCCAUGGGAAUCACGCUGUACUGCUUUGUGUUCGGGCAGUGUCCUUUCAUGGAUGAAAGGAUCCUGAGUUUACACAAUAAAAUCAAGACCCAAACGUUGGAGUUCCCAGACCAGCCAGAAGUGACGGAUUUCUUGAAGGAUCUGAUUAUGCGGAUGUUGGAUAAAAAUCCUGAAUCGAGGAUUUCAGUCCCAGAAAUCAAGGCAAGUACCUUGCAGCAGCCUUUGGCAGGAGAUUUCUGGCCCUUCGCCCCUGCAGGAACCUGGAAGGGGCGAGAAGCUGAGAAAAUGGAGCCGAAGUUGCACCCGUGGGUCACCAAGAACGGAGCGGAGCUGCUGCCCACCGAGGACGAGAACUGCACACUCGUCGAGGUGACGGAGGAGGAGGUGGAGAAUUCGGUCAAGCACAUCCCCAGCCUGGCCACCGUGAUCUUGGUUAAAACGAUGAUCCGGAAGCGGUCCUUUGGGAACCCAUUCGAGGGCAGCCGGCGGGAGGAACGUUCCCUGUCGGCCCCUGGAAACCUGCUGCCCAGGAAGCAAGGCAGUGAGGAUAACCUGAAAUGCAACGACUUGCCCAAUGUGGGAGAGGAGGAAGUCCUUUCGUGAGCGGCGGCUUUAUGGUUCUGUUGGGCUGAACUCGGUCCGGGGCACUUCAUAAAGCGUGCAGCUGAGGAUGAGUGGCAUUAGCAGAGCCCCCACCAACCCCAGCAUGGCACGGCGCUAUUUCAGUGUAACGCUGGAUGUAGAGUUUGCAUAGCAGCAUGUUUAAGGCAUCCGACUACCGUACCCGUCACAAACAUUGAACAUCUCUGAUUGCUUGGACUUCUCGCGGGGAGAAAAAAAAAAAAAAAAAAAAAAAAGGUGCUGACUGAUCCCAGAGAGGUGAGCGAUGGUGUUGAGCAGCAACAGCGCAUCGCAAACGAGCAGGCAAACCAAAGUGUGUUUGGAACUGCUUUUGCCUGGUCUUCAUGCCAAAAGAAUUGCCCAGCGUCCCGGGGGCAGCGUGUGUCUGCCUCGUGGGCGUGCACAGGAUGGUGAAGCUUCUGCAGAGCGCAGCAGCGAAACCACGCUCGCGCGCUUCGAGGGUUGUUGCAUCUAUUUCUCGUCGUUUGGUUUUGGUUUUAAUUGACGCCUUUUUAACUGCAUGGGAACAAAGCAAAAACCACUUUUUCAGCUUUUUUUUUCUUUUUUUUUCUAAAGAACGCCUACCUUUGUGAGCCAAGUUCUAUUAAACAGCAUCUUUGGGACGUUCAGAAGGUGAGGUGACAGGCAGGGCUUGGGGAUGCUGCCUCUCCUGAGGUCUCAGUGUUGGGUAAGUUCAGUAUUCAGUGUAUGAAGGGAAAAGGUUCUUAAGGGCUUAAGUUCAGUCUGAACUAUUUUUGCUGCAGACACAAGAGUGAAAGGUGGUGUUCAGCUGAAUGUUUUGAGCAGCAGAGGAAGCACUAACAAGAGUUUGUUUCUAAAUCUUUUACUUGAUCUAGAUAGCUAUAUUGUUAAAUAUAAAAUUCAGGGUAAAAUCCUUCACUUCCAUGUACAUUACAUGGUUUACUACAAUUAAAAAAAUAAUAAAAUGUAUGUAUGCUAUUUUUUAAGUAUAGACUUAGGGCUUGCUUAGAACUUAAGAUCUUAACGAAAUACUUAGAUUAGCUAGUGUUUUUUUUUUUCAAAGAAACCUCUGUUUUCCACUCUCUUCAUUUGGACUUUGGGGCCAAUGCUGUGUAUUUUUUUUGUAAGUUCGUUACCAGUAAUUUGUGAAUGCCUGUGGAUCAGAGGCUUGCAAGUAAAUUAAGUGAAUGCCUAAUUAAUGGAUUGUUCCUCAUGAAGAGCUCUUUCACCUGCAGUCAGAUUACUCUGAUCAUUUUGUGGUGCUUGUUUAAAGACAAAAACAAAUAUCUCUGUUGUGAUGGGAGAGCCUCUGGCUCCUGGCCUCACGUUCCCAAGGUCUCCAAGCUGGAGAAGAGCAGCGUGUGGGUGAGCUGCAGUGUCAGGGCUGAGCAAGGAGCCUGCUAAGUAUGUUUGGUUUGGUUUGCUGGAGCACGGGGCUGGGAGGGAGAUGGGUGGGCUCCUUGUCUCAGUUUUGCCACUGAUGGGGUUGUGCUGAACAAGGGAGGAUUCGAGCAUCCCAAGUGUGUGAGGGAUGGCUGAGGCUGAGCUCUUUGCCCUGAGGAGGAAGGCACCAUAGGAAAGGGAAGUGUUUUGGUUGCUGACCCCAGCUGCAGCUGCAGUAUGCUUUUAGGACGUGACUGUUCCCUUGUCUUCCGUCAUCUUGGCACCACCAGCAGCAGAGCACUGAGGCUCCUGGCUGCAGUCCUGGCCCAGUAAUUCCUCCUUACCAUGGGUCCUCAUUAAAUUCAGGUGGUGUUAGCAAGUGCACAGGUGUCCCUGUAAGUCUUUUGAUCACCUGAAGCUAUGCUUAUCUUAGGCUGCAGUUAAUUAAUGAAAGAUGGUGCAGCUGGCCUCUCUCCAAAGCCAGUGCCUGUGGUUCGUGGCUUAGGAGCAGCACUGUGGAGUCUGGAGCCAUAAGACACGCACUGUUUUCCUCCUGUUUUAGUCUGAGGCCAUGCCAAAGCCCUGCAGCUUCAGCUAUGGGAAAACCAAACAGGUAACUGGGGUGCCAGCACUGCUAGAGCUGCCUGCUCCCAUCUCUAAACCGGACUUUCUCUUUGUGGAAAUAGUGAUUGGGAGUGGGUGGUUUGGUUCUGUAACUCUGUAAAGGGGCUUAUUCUGCCAAAAAAAAAAAAGGGGGGGGGGGGAGGGAGAGGAUCUGAUUACUUGUAACUGGUGCAUAGUGAUGUGUGUGGUGUGUUUUUGUUAAAGGGGAGUGAGCUGUAGUGAUGCUCUGUGCUGAGUAUCUCUAGUUGGUGAUUUGGCAGGUACCUAGCAAGACAGUGCAAAUCUACCAAACAACCUUGCCAGGUGCAAUGCAGCUUCUGAACAGAAGAACCUGUCCCAGUUCCUCUGUGCCCAAUCCCAGUUUCUCAGAUAUUCGCAUAGAUUGGUGUCUUAUGGCCAGGGCAGGCUUGGUUCAUAUGGAUCCUAAAGGCCUGUCUCUUGGUGCCAGCUCUGGUAAGGCUGCAGCCAAAUGCAUGGUUCUAAAAGAAACUUGAUGUAGAUUUUCUUGUUGAUGCGUUCUGUUGAAAGCAUAAAGCUUGGAUGUGUGAGAAAGUUGUAUCUAAAUGCAUGACCUGUUAGAGAAGCUGUACUGUAUAUAUAAAUCUGCUCGGUUCCCUGUCUGCUGUUCUUUAGUAGUAAAGUUAGCUUUUUUCUUACAGUGAA